GAAACUAAAGUGCUGCAUCUCCAUGACUCGCACAUAUGCACUGCCUUGUUUGAUGGAUUCAAUACAUGUACCAUUGACAUUGAAAUCUCUACUAGUUCUAAAGUGGAUAAUGAAAGAUGGCUCGUGCAAGACCAGCUACGUAAGAAUCAUACUGAGCAUGCGCACGAGUAGUUUUGCAGGAGAUAUGGGCGGGGCUGAAAUCAUGUGACUAGGAGUGCGCGCGCCAGCGACAAGCCACGAGCAAGGAACUAGGAAGAGAAAAGGAAGGGCAAACGAUGAAGGUACUCUGUUGCUGAGUCUUCUGGUGGCUGCGUGUGCAGCAACACCUCUGGACGAUUACGUCAACGCCCCGGAUCCGACGUACGAGUAUCGAGACCUCGGCGACCCUUGGGACGGAGACGGCUACACCUCCUACUUCAUAAACCUCACUUCCCAGCUCUGGCUCUCACCUGGAGAAGUGAGCCGUGCCAUAUGGUGGCACUAUCUGGUCAUCAACAUCCCAGACGAGAUCGAAUUUGGGGACACUGGAUUUCUCUACAUCACCGGUGGAAGCAACACUAAUGGUCGUCCAGACAUCACAAGUGAAGACUGUCUUCUGACAACACUUAUGGCAGUCGGGACUAACACUGUGACGGCCACCCUCUUCCAAGUCCCAAAUCAGCCCAUUGUUUUUGCCGAAGAUCCAACUAAGAAGAGUAGAUCUGAAGAUGCUAUAAUAGCCUACACCUGGUACCAUUACGUCAUGAACACCAGUGAUCCCGAGUACUUGCUGAGACUCCCUAUGACCAAGGCUGCAGUCCGUGCCCUGGACACCAUGGCUAGUUUCGCUGCCGAGAAAAAUCCGCAGGUUGACCUGACAAAAUUUGUGGUGGCUGGAGCUUCCAAGCGUGGCUGGACGACAUGGACCACAGGUGCAGUAGACAAGCGAGUCAUUGGAAUAAUACCUAUUGUCAUGGACCUUCUCAACAUGGCCAAAAAUCUGCACCACAUGUACAGGGCCUACGGUGGCUGGACAUUUGCAUUCAAGGACUACCUCGAUCUCAACAUCACCAUGUAUCUGGACGACCCCAGACUGGGACAGUUGGCCGCCAUAGUUGAUCCUUACGCAUACAUUGAUCGCCUGACAAUGCCAAAACUGAUGAUUUGCACUGGAGGAGACGAGUUCUUCCAAAACGAUGACACAUACUACUACUGGGACCAGCUCCAAGGAGAGAAAUACAUUCGGGUGCUACCCAAUGCAGAGCACUCGUGUGUUGGUCAUUUCACGAGCAUUUUCUUCGAUGCAAGAGCUUUUUACUAUUCCCUCCUAUUGGAUGUCCCUCGCCCAAGCUUCAAGUGGAGCAUGGAGAGUAGUACUACCGGAGGGAGCAUAGCUCUAUCAGUUGAUACUAAGCCUACCGAGGUACUGAUGUUUCGUGCUACCACUCUGCAGGACAAAAGGAGGGACUUCAGGCUGCUGAUUGGUAUACCUGAUCCCUCCAAACCCACCAUACAGCCUGUCUUGUGGUUCGGUGAAAAACUUCGCCUCAGGCCAAUGGGACAUACGUAGCCAACAUGAGUAUCCCCAGUGAAGGUGGCUGGAGUGGGUUCUUCAUACAGAUGACGUUUGCUGGACCCAGGGACACUGUGUUUGAAUUCACCACUCAGGUCAACAUAAUUCCCGACACCUUUUACUACCCUGACUGCCACGGAGCGGAGUGCCAAGGCCACCUCCUAUAGCUCACUUGACUGUUGACUGUUGACUGUGUAUACCAUUGUUAUGAAACUGGAUAUUAUGUCCUUGUUGAUCCAACUGUAGUCGAAGUAUUAACGAUAGUUGGUUUGUCUAUUUUUACACUUAUGUGCAUACAAAAAAUGUAAAAUUGUUGACACCCUCAUUUUGGGGACAGUGAAAU